AUGAAUUUAAGCGAAAUCAUCGAUUUAGAACGAGGACCGCGAUUUAUGCUGAUCGAGUGGCUACAAAGGCGCUACUUACUUUCCGACCCACUUCACUGUGCUCAGUGCAACAAAGCAAUGGAGCUAACACAGAGGAACGACAAUCAUGUAGAUGGAUAUCUCUGGAGAUGCAGCGGAUGCUCCAAAAGAAGAAGUCUUAGGACCAAUACCAUAUUUGAGGAAUUCCCAAAGGUGCCGUUAGCAACCCUUCUCAAGACUAUCUACUACUUCACUCACGAUGACCCUCAGCACAGAAUGGUGAGAGCUCUGGGCAUUAAUGCCAGUUUGACUUCAAAGAUUUGUAGACGACUGCAAGACAUCUGUUCUGUGGAUCUACAAAACAGACCAUUUAUUCCUUUUGGGGGUCCUGGUACUGUGGCUAAGUGCGAUGCGAGCAAGUUCAACCACAAGCCGAAAUACAACAGGGUAAGGGGGGCUACCCGUCAAUCGUGGGUUUUUGGAUUCGUGUCUUCAGAAUAUUCUCCAGCAAGAGGCUUUUUCCAGGUUAUAGAAAGAAGAAAUGCAGCCACACUGUUACCAAUUAUACAGAAAUGUCUUCUGCAGGGAACUGAAGUGCACACUGACGAUUGGGCAGCGCACAAUCGACUGAUUGGGCUGCCCAACAUUAAUGCACAUGAAGUCGUUGUCCAUGCCCACAACUUCGUGGAUCCUCGCACUGGCGUGCACACGCAAGAAGUGGAGUCAGCAUGGAGCCAACUGAGGCUGGGCUGCAAUAGAAGAAAAGGAUUGAAAAGAGAAGAUCUGCAAUCCUACCUGGAUGAGAGGAUGUGGCGGCGGUGGAGGGGUGGCAGUUAUGACGUCAUAACGAGGAAUUUUUUUUUCCAUUUUGCCUCUGCAGUUUCCGACUGA